CUACCCUCUACCGCUGAGCUACACCCCAGCCUCCAAAGCUAUGUUUUGAUAUGAAAAUGUGGGUUCCAAUGAGAAAUGAUUUGCCCAAGAUGCACCACAAGGGAGGCAGCUGCGAGUCAGAACUGAGUAUUAAUGGCACAGCUGCAGGCCCGCUCUGCAGGAAACAGGGGGGACAAAGAGAAGGAACUGGAGUGAGGGUGUGAGAAAGUCAGAGGGGGGCUGCUGGUGGAGGUGCAGAGGCUGCCCUGCAGCGACAGGAGGAGGAGUUCAGAGAGAUCACCAUGUACAGCUUCAUGGGUGGCGGCCUCUUCUGUGCAUGGGUGGGGACCAUCCUCCUGGUGGUGGCCACGGCAACAGACCACUGGAUGCAGUACCGGCUGUCAGGGUCCUUCGCUCACCAAGGCCUGUGGCGGUACUGCCUGGGCCACAAGUGCUACCUGCAGACGGAGAGCAUUGCCUACUGGAAUGCCACCCGGGCCUUCAUGAUCCUGUCCGCUCUGUGCGCCACCUCGGGCAUCGUCAUGGGCAUCCUGGCCUUUGCGCAGCAGUCCGCCUUCACCCGCCUGUCGCGGCCCUUCUCCGCGGGCAUCAUGUUUUUUGCCUCCACCCUCUUCGUGCUGUUGGCCUUGGCCAUUUACACGGGAGUCACGGUCAGCUUCCUAGGCCGCCGCUUCGGGGACUGGCGCUUUUCCUGGUCUUACAUCCUGGGCUGGGUAGCCCUGCUCAUGACCUUCUUUGCAGGGAUUUUCUACAUGUGUGCCUACCGCAUGCAUGAGUGCCGGCGCCUGUCCACGCCCCGCUGAGCCCAACGUCAGCCCAGUUACAGUGAGGUCACUGGAGAGGAGGAGGGUCUGGAGGCCUGAAAUCCUGGUUCCUGGGGGGAUGUGGGGCUCAGUCCCAGACUCGGGGAAGGGGCCUCUGACUCCUGUGUCCUGAGGGGAAGGAAGAAGAACAGGGCCUGGCGACGGGCAGUGGAGGUGACCCAAUCCCCAACCUGCCGGGCCGUUGUUAGAGAAACAAUAUCCUUUAGAGUGACAUUUUGGGGUCUAAUAAAACUGACGUGAAACUA